CCCCAUGAGGCGUUACCACGACCUACACGUAACUUAACUGCUGGCAGCAUUUGCGGAAUACAGCUUACACAGCAUACAGCUAAGUGCCAUAUAUAAUAUACUUAGAGCCUUUUAAUUUGGUGUACUCUUAUACUCAAAGUAUCACAUGUGGGAAACAUGACAGAUGCACAACAAUGACAAACCCGAGCGAUGACAGUAAGGAACAGGAACAACCACAACAACAACAAAAAGGUGAUCCAUCGAGGCCAACGUCAGGACAGACCAUUAAAUUGGACAAGUUGCCACUGGAGCUGUUGUUGUUGAUAUUCGACUACUGCCACGCCUUCGACUUGGUGAGACUUAGCGGAGUUUGCACUAGAUUCUUUUACAUCGCCCGGGACGAUUUGCUUUGGUGCAAGCGCAGCGAUCACACUUUGGCUACCAACCAAGUUUCAAACAGGUUUCGAUCCAGAUGCAACCCAUUGCUCAAUCCUCGCACAAAAUGGCAAGUGACUCAAAAUUGGGAAAACGGACGUUACCAAAAAAAAGUGUUAUUCUCACAACAAACAAAAUUAAUGCCCUGGAUCCAGCUGACUGGUGAUUUGCUGUGGUGGAGCGGAGGAAAUACUUUGUGUGGAUACCUAAGGAGCGAUCAAUUUAAUCAGAACAACAAGGUUUACCACCAAGAGUUUAAUAGCGAUAUUUGCAAGUUUAUCGUUCGUGAUGAUUAUAUUAUCAGCGGUCACAGAGAUGGCAGUAUACAAUUCUGGCUUAUGAGCAUGAUGUACCUGGAAAAUCACUUUUACCAUAGUAUUAACAGAGCGCAUUCCAGAGACGUUGACGCUAUCGACGAAACGAACAAUAUAAUUAUUUCUGGCUCGGCUGACGGCGUCGUCAAAGCCUGGACGUCACCAAAGAAUCAAGGAUAUAUGUCCCGCCUACCUUUGGCCACCGUUAGAGUUGGCGACCGUGUUUGGUCACUUGCUGCCAAUCCCAGUAGUACAAAGGUGGCUGUUGGCACGUCAGGAACAUCCGGUCCUCCUCUUAACAUUUAUGAUAUCAACAAUUUUGCUAACUCUACUACUGUGGAUCAUAACUGGAGACGAGGUGCUGGAAUAUUAGACAUGGUUUGGGAUGAUCCUAAUACUUUGUUAACUUGUGGCUAUGAUACGUGCAUAAAGAAAUGGGAUUUAAGGACUGGAAAUUGUGUCGGUUGUUGGUCCGAUCCCACUGACGCAACUGUUUAUUCUAUAUCAUCUGACUAUAAUUACACAAUGGUUACAGGAACUCAAUUCAACUGUAAAGCUGUAUUAUGGGAUCAGAGAAAAACAAAUUACAUACAGCUUUAUUUUAUGAAUCUUCGGAGACUGUCCAGUCCAGUUUACAGUGUCUCUUUUGACAGCUGCCAUCUUUAUGGAGCCACUGAUCAGAACGUGGUGGAAGUCAAAUUUACUGGCAAGCCCAACGUUGAUAAAAAUUAUCGUGAAAUAAUUAAGUACGAAAGAUGAACUUACUACGACUAAAAUUUUAAUCAAUAGUGAACGAAACGACGAUUAAUUAUUCACCAUUGAGUUUUAAUUAUUUGUAAAACAAAUGAGUUUUUGAUUAUUUACUGGUGGAUGGAGCCACUUAAUACUUCUAAUGAAGAAUACGAUUUUUACACACACUGAAUCAGUAUCAAUUUUUAUUUGAUAUCUGUAUUCACAGUAGAGUCCUUGAUCAGUUAUUGUUUAUAUAACAUAAGAUCAAUAAUUCAUAGCAGAGUAUGUAAUUUUUGUGAAUUUUAGUUGUGAAAAUAAAGGACAAAAAUUAUUCGCUAAAUUUUUUUCUUUAUUUUUCACUGUUGUUUAGGAAAAUUAGUUAAUUGUAUUAAUGAUAUAUGUGAUAUAUCGUCAGAAAAGACGAAUUGUAUCGUACAAUUACAAAGAGCUUUAGUUUAUUUAGUAUUGUUAAUAUUAUAAGCAAACAGAUGUUACUCAAAAAUAAGUCUAUAUUCUCUAUUAUUAACUAUUAAAUGUUUAUUGAAAGUUUCAAA